CACUUUCCCUACGUGCAGGAGAAAAGGAGGGGACGGGGGGGCAGAAGCAGGAGCUGGUGGCCGGGGGGAAGGGAAGGGAGAAAAUAAAUUAAUAAAUCUCAGGGAAGGAAACUGGGGGGAGAGAAACUGAGACCCCAGGGAAGAAAUUUGUGGGGUUAUUUAUUUAUUCCCCCCCCCCCCCAGGUCCCCUCUCGCUGACAAGGCUCGAUCCGGCCGUUGCGGUGCUCGGAGCUGGCUGCAAAAGGCCCCGGGGAAGUUUCUUGCUCCCUAACGCCCUUCCCGGGGGGGAGAAGGCCAGGGUUUGGGUUGUUUUCUGUUGUUUUGGGGUUUUUUUUAAGCUUCCCUCCCCCCCCCGCCCCGUCUGGAAGGAGGGGGGUCCCGCUCGCACCUCCCUGGAUGGUGCGGUAGAAAGGAGGGGAGUGAGGGGGUGGGAGGGGGGGCUCGUGGUGGGAGGCUGCCGCGGCUGCUGCUCCUGCAUUGGUGUCUCCCCUAUGGACGAAAACAGCCCUCUGUCUCCCAAGGCAAAUGCUUUCAGUAUCGCCUCUCUGAUUUCAGUCGCCGCCGCCGCCGAGCAAGCAGGGAGGGGAGCGCUGGAGGAGCGCGGCCGUGCGCCCGCCCGCCCCGGCUGCCACCCGCAGAAGAUGCACUUCAGCACCGUCACCAGGGACAUGGAAGCUAUCUCCAGCCCCUGGCUCACCCAGCUGUCCCAUUUUUGCGAUGUUGCAGCUUUCACGGCCAACAGCCUGAGCAGCCUGAACGCCUCCGGGGGGUACCACCUCUCCCCCUCCCCGGGGGACCCGUACGGACAGCAUGAGCCGCCGCACUACGAGCCCUGCACGGCUCAGCAGCACCCGCACCCGCCGCCCCAGCCCCAGCACGGCUACCCCUUCGGCGGGGCGGCGGCCGGGGCCAACCCGCCGCCCCCCGGCCCCGAGCCGCCCGAGGGCGCCGGGGGAGCCGCGGCGGGGCCGGCCGCCGUCUCGGGCUGCUCGGCGGGGGCGGCCGCCGCGGCCAAGGCGCCGGUGAAGAAGAACCCCAAGGUGGCCAACGUGAGCGUCCAGCUGGAGAUGAAGGCGCUGUGGGACGAGUUCAACCAGCUGGGCACCGAGAUGAUCGUCACCAAGGCCGGCAGGCGCAUGUUCCCCACCUUCCAGGUGAAGAUAUUCGGGAUGGACCCCAUGGCUGACUACAUGCUCCUCAUGGAUUUCGUCCCCGUGGACGACAAGCGAUACCGGUACGCCUUCCACAGCUCCUCCUGGCUGGUGGCCGGCAAAGCCGACCCCGCCACCCCCGGGAGGGUGCACUACCACCCGGACUCCCCGGCCAAAGGGGCGCAGUGGAUGAAGCAGAUCGUUUCCUUCGAUAAGCUCAAACUCACCAACAAUUUGCUGGAUGACAACGGGCAUAUCAUUUUGAACUCCAUGCACAGAUACCAGCCGCGGUUUCACGUGGUCUACGUGGACCCCCGGAAAGACAGCGAGAAAUACGCGGAGGAGAACUUCAAAACCUUCGUCUUCGAGGAGACGCGCUUCACAGCCGUGACCGCCUACCAGAACCACCGGAUCACGCAGCUGAAGAUCGCCAGCAACCCUUUUGCCAAGGGAUUCAGAGACUGCGACCCUGAGGACUGGCCCAGGAAUCACAGGCCAGGGGCCCUUCCUCUCAUGAGCGCUUUCGCCAGAUCCCGGAAUCCAGUCUCUUCCCCAGCCCACCAGAACGGCACAGAGAAAGAUGCCGCCGAGGGCCGCCGGGAGCCGGAGCGGGAGGCAGUGGGGGGGCCGCCGCUGCCGGCCGAGGCCGCGCACCAGCAGCUCCUCUCCCGGGUGCUCAGCCCCGCGCUGCCGGGUGGCGGCGGCGGCCUCCUGCCCCUGGGCGGCGGCCGGCCCAGCCCGCCCCACCACGAACUGCGCCUGGAGCCCGCCGCCUCGGAGCCGCUCCACCACCACCCCUACAAGUACCCGCCGGCGGCGGCCGCCGCCUACGACCACUACCUGGGGGCGAAGAGCCGGCCCACCCCGUACCCCCUCCCCGGCAUCCGCGGGCACGGCUACCACCACCACCACCACCACCAUCACCACCACGUGAACGCGGCGGCCGCCAACAUGUACUCGCCGGCCGGGCCGCCCGCCAACUACGACUACGGGCCCCGGUAACGGCCCCGCCGAGCCGCCGCGGCGCGAGGACCGCCCUGCCCCCUUCCCGCCUUUCCCUCUCUUCCCGCCUUACGAGUGAGCUGAUAGGCCAGCGUGACUGAUCGACAGCCGGAGAGCCCAAUCGCAGGAAGCCGGGCGCCCCCUUCACGCUCCCCACCCGCCGUGAGGGCGGUGGCGGUGGGGGCCCGGGUCGCCGGGUGCUGCCCACGGCGGUGUGACCCGCAGCUGCACUUUGAUAAAUGAAGCCAUAUGCCGUGAUCUCCCUUCUCCUUGCCCCCGCGCCUCCAUCCGUGCAGGUUCCCUCGAGCGUGCCGGGCACCGAGGGCUAUCAGGCCGCUAGGAAGUGGUGGGAGGACGGGGGAGCAGCUGCCGUGAGGUGACUUUCCCCCUUCUCGCUCCUGCCGGGUUUCCUGAUGGAGACUUGGUGAUUUUUGCCGCUGGUUUUGUCGCUGGCACGGGUGUUUCCCAUCCCAGCAGGAUGGGUAACAUUAGCACCGAGCAGGGAGGGUGGUGGGGCUGGCUGUGAGCUCCACCAGGCCCGGGGAUGGAGUGUAAUUAUGCACAUGUAAGUCUCUCUCUUACCUCGGGGACACUCGGCCUCCUUCACAGUUGGCUCAGGUGGUUCUUUGAGGAGACUGUCAAAUGGAAGCAGAGUUUAGCUUAAGGGAACACUUUGAAUCUUCACUGUCAGAACUAAUUGUCCCCUUCUCCCCCGGGCCUGAUCUGCUCCUCAGUUUUAGGGUUCAUUGAGGCAGCUUAACCACAACAGCAUUUGAGCUGUUGAGAAGAGCCCAUGGCCAAGAACACAGCCAUGUACAGCGUCUUGUUUUCACAACAAUGGAUACUGAGGUUUAAAACCACCCUGGGGGUGGGGGGAGUACCCGCAGAGUUUAGGCUGUGUAUUCUCAGCAAUAGUUUGUAAACUGGCUGCUGCCCAGGCAGCCUCACAGUGCUGCCUUCUAGCACCCUUCCCUGAACUCUUGAUGCUCUGCUGUUGAGAGGUGCCUUUUAGAGGAACUUCAGGGUUUUUUCCCAGAAUGCCUCACCCCUUAUAUUUGGCUGACCCAAACUGCAGUAGUCCCAAAGCACCUAUUCUGCACCUACCUGCUUG